AUGGUUUGUCGGAAGGUCUCCUGGUCCACGACCGAAGGAGGCUCUGUGCACAUCCCCCUUCACACCGUCGAGACGUCCUUUCACGUGUACCGCCUUGAUGGCUCUGCCUCCCGUUGGGAGGAGAUCCUGGUCUCCCUCGAUGGGAUCUCGCAGCCUCCCCGUAUCCCUUUCCCCGAGAAGAUCUCCGUGUCCAGCAGAGGCUUUGAAGUGCAGCACACGAGCAGAGGAGUGGAAGGCAGCUACCAGGUGGUCUCCAUGGUCACGGGGAAGUGUGUGGCUCACAUUGACCUGGCAGUGCUGGAGCCCACUCCAUCUCCACCUGUCCGAGGAGCCCCGCCUCAGGGAGAGGGAGACCUCGGUGAGAAUGAAAAGGGAGCACGGAACGCAUCCCUGGAGGAGCUGGUGUCUCACUUGAGGCAGCGUCUGUGUGAGUCAGCACCCGGCAGCGCUGCAGAUGGUUCCGGGUGCAAAGUCUGCCCCCGGGACUGGCUGCCCCACAAGGACGAAUGCUAUUGGGUCUCUAAAGAGAGUAAGUUCUGGAGCGAGAGCUUUAAAGACUGUGAAAUGAGGACGUCUCAGAUGCUGGUGAUCCAGGACAGGGAGGAGAUGGAGUUCAUACAGAACAUUACUCAAAGGACAAACCUUGUUUGGAUUGGACUCACCGUUAAAUCGCCGGAGAAGAAAUGGACCUGGGUGAACACUUCCCCAUUAGAUCAAAGUCUGUUCCCAGUAACUGGCUCUGCUGAAGGAAACAGCUGUGGGAUGAUCAGAAGGAAUCGGAUUAAUUCUGAAUCUUGCAACACCGAAUUCAAGUGGGUUUGUCAGAUGGGAGCCAUCCUGCUAUAACCCUGGUUGGAAAAAAUGAAAGCUUUGUAUUUUAGUAUAUGGGCAGUGAUGAGUUUUAUGACUUGGAGUUGUACAUUUUAAGCCCAUGGCUUGAUCACCAUGUGGUUUUGAAAAAGUAGGAGAAAAAAUAUUUCCAAAUAUAAGUGGAUGAAAUUGUUUGGGGCUUUCUUCUAGAGGGAGGCUGGUCUUGUGGGGUGGGAUUCAGGAGAUCUGGGAUGAUCCUUUGUGACCUUCUUAAGAGUGAGAGUGAUUAACCAUUGGAACAACGACCAAAGGAAGUGUUGGAUUCUCCAUCUCUUGAUGCUUUGAUGGGCUGCCCUUCUGGAAGAUGUAUGUUGGCCAAACACAAGUUAUGCUUUAAUCAAACACAAGUAGCUUAAUGGCUUGUAUUAUGUAGGAGGUCAGACUAGAUAAUCUAAGGGUCUAUGAAACUAUCUUCUAAAGCACCUAAGUCAUCCUGGAGUAACAGU